CAAGCUCCAAGCCUUGCCACCCAGCCUUGCCGAACCCGAACGACGCUUGAUAAAUGAGCCGCGCGCUGCGGCGCACCUCAUCUCGCUUGCACCGCAGCGGCGCGCGCCACUUUUCCGCCGCCGCGCCUGUCCUCGGCCAGGACCACCGGCUCGUUGUGGCCUCGCCGGCGCCGCCGCUGCAGCUUCCUGCGCCAGGCUCCCUCCCAAACUUUUCGGACUUCAUCUGCUCGGGCUUCGCCAAGAAUGGCGACAAGCCUGCUGUGGUUGUGGACAACCCGGAGGGGCCGGCGGACGUGAGGACCUUUGCGGACCUGCUCGCCGACGUGGGGAGCGUGGCGCACGAGCUGCGCUCCGUACUCGGCUUCUGUCCGGGCGACAGGGCGCUGCUCAUCUCGCCGAAUCACGCGGACUACUUCACGGCCGUGCACGCCGUGCUGAAGCUGAACGGCGUGCUCUCGCCGGCAAACCCGCUCUACUCAGCGACUGAGAUCGGGAGGCAGCUCGAGGACUGCGAGGCGACGGUAGUCAUGGCGCACCCCUGCUGCCUGGAGAAGGCGCUCGAGGCUGUCCGCGCGUCGGGGCGGGCCGACGCCAUCUCGGUCCUCGUCCUCGGAGCCGACGCGCCCGCCGGCGCGACACCGCUCGAUGCGCUGAAGGGCACGGGCGCCGCGGCGCCUUUGCUCGGCGCGGUGGAGGACGACCAGCUGGCGGUGCUGCCGUACUCGAGCGGUACCACCGGGAUGCCGAAAGGGACGAUGCUCACGCACCGCAACCUCAUCGCCAACGUCCUCCAGUUCGAGUUCGUGGACGGCCGCUUCUGGAGCCGGGGCGGCGAGACGCUCGUGAGCCCGCUGCCCUUCUUCCACAUCUACGGCUUCACGGCGUCGCUCAACAUAUCGCUCUACUACGACUGCACGUGCGUGACGAUGCCCGCCUUCGACCUCGAGCGCUUCCUCUCCCUCGUGCAGGAGCGGCGCUGCACCAGGGCGCAGCUCGUGCCGCCAAUCAUCCUCGGCCUGGCGAAGCACCCGCUCGUCGACUCGUACGACCUGAGCUCGCUCAAGACCAUCGUAUCGGGCGCCGCGCCGCUCGCGCGCGAGGUUGGCAACGACCUUGGCAUUGUUGUUGCCGUGCGGGUGAGGAUGUCACUCGGCGUGGUCGUCAAGCAGGCGUGGGGGAUGAGCGAGCUCGCGCCGAUCGGCAGCGUCAACCCAGACGGCGACAACCGGCCGGGCUCGAGCGGCGUCGCGGUCGCCUCGAUGCUGUACAAGAUCGUCGACCCCGAGAGCGGAGAGCUGCUGCCGCGCGGCGAGGAGGGCGAGGUGGUGUGCACGGGGCCAAACGUCAUGGCGGGCUACCUCAACAACCCGGAGGCGAACGCGCACGCCUUUGACGCGGACGGCUGGUUCCGGACGGGCGACAUCGGCUACGCCGACGAGGACGGCUACCUCUACUUCACGGACCGGCUCAAGGAGCUGAUCAAGUACAAGGGCUUCCAGGUGCCGCCCGCCGAGCUCGAGGCGCUGCUGCUCUCGCACCCGCAAAUCGUCGACUCGGCGGUGAUCCCGGUGCCUUCCGACACGGCCGGCGAGGUGCCGCGCGCCUUCGUCACCCUCGCGCCAGGGGCGGACUUCGACGCCGACUCCAUCGCCGCCUGGGUCGCCGAGCGGGUCGCGCCGCACAAGAAGCUCCGCGGCGGCGUCGUGCAGAUGGUCGCCCCCGACGCCAUCCCAAAGUCGGCGGCGGGCAAGAUCCUAAGGAGAGUCCUCGUGCAGAGAAACAAGGCGGGCGAGUUCGACCCGCAGGCGUGAUGACACGCAUGUACUGUACACACACCGCACAGCUCAGGGGCGCACCCGCCUCAUGGAUGUCCGGCCGGGGGCGGUUGUGGGUUGAUCUGUCCCACCACACAGCGCGUCUCGCGUAGUCGUACGCGGCUCUACAAAAGCGAUAGACUGUGUGUGAAAUCCCCUUUUUUA